AACCCAAAGAUGAAUAAUUGGACGGUCUGCUUAGCCAACGCAUCAGUUUGUGAAGGUUCAUCCUGUGUGGUGCCUGAGAGCAACUUCAAUGCCAUCCUCAGUGUGAUCGUGAGCACCGUGCUGACGGUGCUCUUGGCCAUGGUGAUGUUCUCCAUGGGAUGCAAUGUGGAAGUCAGGAAAUUCUUGGGCCACUUGAAGCGGCCAUGGGGCAUCUUUAUUGGCUUCCUCUGUCAGUUUGGAAUUAUGCCCCUCACGGGAUUCCUCCUGUCGUUGGCCUUUGGCAUCCUGCCUGUGCAGGCCGUGGUGGUGCUCAUCAUGGGCUGCUGCCCUGGAGGAACUGCCUCCAAUAUCCUCGCCUACUGGGUUGACGGUGACAUGGACCUAAGCGUCAGCAUGACCACGUGUUCCACACUGCUCGCCCUGGGAAUGAUGCCUCUGUGCCUCUUUAUCUAUACCAAAAUGUGGGUCGACACUGGGACCAUCGUCAUUCCCUAUGACAACAUAGGGAUUUCUUUGGUGGCUCUUGUGAUUCCUGUUUCCUUUGGAAUGUUUGUUAAUCACAAAUGGCCUGCAAUAGCGAAGGUCAUACUUAAAAUCGGGUCCAUCGCGGGUGCCAUCCUCAUCGUGGUCCUAGCUGUGGUUGGAGGGAUACUGUACCAGAGUGCCUGGAUCAUCGAACCUAAGCUGUGGAUCAUAGGGACCAUAUUUCCUAUAGCUGGCUACAGCCUGGGAUUUUUUAUGGCUAGAAUAGCUGGUCAGCCCUGGUACAGGUGCCGCACGGUUGCUUUGGAAACAGGGAUGCAGAACACUCAGCUGUGCUCCACCAUCGUACAGCUCUCCUUCACCCCUGAGGAGCUCAAUCUCGUGUUCACGUUCCCGCUCAUCUACAGCGUUUUCCAGCUCCUUUUUGCGGCAAUAUUAUUAGCAUUUUAUGUUGCAUACAAGAAAUACUAUGGGAAAAACAACGCAGCAUUUUCAGAGCAAAAUGAUACCAAAACGGAGCCUGAGUCAUCCUCUCAUGCCAUAAAUGGAGGAUUUCAACCAGAUGAAAAGUAGAGAC